AUGGCAGAGCACACGCCUCAUAUCAGCGUGUACGAGUGGACCGACAUGAUCAGCAAGCACUUAACGUAUGGCCUCCAACCCUGGGAGGUUAUUUAUGUACAGAGGUUUCCAGGCUUACAGUUGACAGAUAAGCUUGUAGAUGAAUACAGGAACAAUACAAGGCCAGCGAUGAACUGGAUCACUAUGGUGAUUCACUACUACCUCAUGUGGGCGUCCUCUUACCGGUUGCAGCGCAUGAGCGUAUGGAGCAACAGCAAGUGCACCGAGUACCUUUGGGCUGUGGCGCCCUUUGCACUUCAGGCGCUCUACGCCCAGGAGCACGUCUCCAUCAAUCAGGUGGAGGUGGCCAAGCACAUGUUUAGGCAAAUGUCGUACGCCUUUCGCCACAAAUUAAAGUGGAUGACAAACAGUUCGCGAAAGGAAGCGCUGGAGCGCUUCCACUCGCUGGUUCCAAUUAUAGGUGUGCCGGACGACUUCUAUUCCCCACUCAGAAUGGACAAGCAUUAUUCCUAUCUGCCCAAGUUCAAAGCACCGUUUGUUGUGAGCAUUCUGCUGGCUUUGGAAGCCAAGGCCAACUUCGAACUUUUUAACUUCAUGGUGACGCGCUUCGGGAAAUGGGCGGAUGCUUCUAGGUGGAAGUCUCCUUUCGUGCUUGAGGCCGCUGAGACUCGCGGCCUUUAUAUUUCGGCCAACGCCUUUUACCUUUCAUAUUACAUGGCCAUCUUCAUACCCAGUCCGAUUAUGGCCAUGCCGUUCAUGGAUGAGGACAUGGCGGUCAUCUCGUACGCUGGCCUUGGCCACUCCAUAGCUCACGAGGCCAUGCACGCGUACGACAUGGGCCACAUCGACGAACGCAUCAACGGCAUGAAAGGCGCCUGGGGCUACCAGGUCAACGGAGGCUUCAGUCAGAGGGUGGACUGCAUAACCAGGUUGUAUGAUGGGCUGGUUGUCGAAGCCAGAAAGAACUACACCAGAAGCACUUUGUACGAGAACAUGGCGGACAUUGCGGGUAUGGAGCUGACGCUAGCCGCCAUGCAAAACGACUCGUGCUACCGCCCGGAUGUCCGCCCCAGGCUAGUGGGCAAUACAACCCAGCAACAAUUAUUCUUCAUUGCAUACUGUCACCAGUACUGCUCUUCUGAUGCAUCGCUGAAGGCAUACAAGAUUUCUGGCCAUCCUCGAAACGACCACCGGUGCAAUAUCGUUGUGAGUGUGACUCCCGAGUUCCGUGAGGCCUUCCGUUGCCCUGUGCCACAAACGGAACAGUGUCACUACCUGACUUAA